GCUUCAAAGAGACAAUGUAGGGAGCUUAUGUGCGCAACCCUUUCCCCCCCGGCAGAUCAAUAAUUCAACAACUUCACACACUCUCUCUUUUUACUUCUCACUUCACUUCACUUCAUUUCAUGCCACAUAACACGACGACAUCUUAAUCACAACGUCCGUCACCAUGUGGAUUCUACCUUUGGUCGGCUACCUUGGCUCCAUCGUGGGCUUCUGCUUUUUGACCCUCGCCAUCGCUUCCGGUCUGUAUUACUUAUCGGAGCUUGUCGAGGAGCAUACCGUCUUUGCGAAGCGUCUUCUUACAAAGUUGAUUUACUCGGUCAUUGUCCUGCAGCUAUUACUAUGCAUUGUCGACCGAUUCCCGUUCAAGUUGACCAUCAUGGGAGUUGUCUCCCAUGUCGUCUACCUCGGCAACAUGCGCCGAUUCCCUUUUGUCAGACUGACUGAUCCUCUGUUCCUGGCUUCAUGUGUCUUGGUCCUCGUCAACCACUACCUUUGGUUCCGCCACUUUUCCGCCGCCCAGCAAAGAUCGUACUCGAACAUGCAUUCCUACUACGACCAGCCCGACGUCCCGAGCUUCACCGAGAUCGCCUCAUACUUUGGACUUUGCGUUUGGCUCAUUCCAUUUGCUCUCUUCGUGAGCUUGUCCGCUAGCGACAACGUCCUGCCUACGAUGGGAAGCGAAGACCCCCUGCGGGACUCCUCUGGCAAGAGCAAGCGCCAAGGCUUCGUCAAGUCCAUCGUCGAUACCGUUCUUGGCGCGCUCGCAGAAGUUUUCAGAACAGUCGGCUGGGAGCGGAGUUGAUCUUCUCAUGACGUCCGCGGACAAUAGACGAAUUUCACAUGCGACGCAUGUGGUGUGUACAAUAUGUCGGUAGACUACGAUAACGACGGAAUUAUUAACCUGAAAAGGAGCGAGAGAAUAGAUACCCGGAGAUCUUCUCCAACCAAAAGGCCCCCUGACGUUGUGCUGCGUGUGCGGCUCUUUUGCACUGAAUCUAUGCCGACUUUUCGGCCGACUUUUGUCUAAACGGACGGACGCUUUGCAGACCGAUCGUCCUACACCUCGCACCGAGGAGGGCUGCACAGCUGGCUCACUGAGAGUGCACUAAUAUGUUAGCCAUGACCUGCCACGCAAGCGACCAUUUCUGAAAUUAAGUAUUCUCAGACUGCGGCGUUGGUGAGGCGACCAAUCAACUCUACCUAUACGCAAAAGUACUCUGCAUGACCACCGCAAGCGAGGUCCUUGUUGGCUGGCAUUGGACCCGUUUGGCGACCAACCGGCAAAAGUCCACUCCAGAAGGAUCAAGCACAAACUCGGUGACAAGGUGUCAGGCCUUUGGCGGUCGAUCAUCCAAGAUCCCUUUCCGCUCGCACUCUGUCACGGCUUUUUUGCGAUGCCUGUCUGCCAUGUGUCCGUACUCCUGCUGAUGCGACGAACAAGUUGGCACUAAGGAUGAGCGGCCGUGCCUUGCAGUAGUCCCCGGGAGUCAAAAGUACCUGCGUACUUUUGCCUCGUUAAUUUUUGCAAGGUUCUUUUGAGCGGCGGCCCAGUCCCGCGUCCUGGAGGCGGUGAUAGGAGGCAAUCAUCGUCGGCUCCCGGACCUCAUUUUCAUCCUCGGCAACAACUUUUUGACUUUUCAUCCUCUUCUACAGAUGGAAACCAGCCGCAAAAGACCCCGCUGAAAAGCCCCUGGUCUUUUUGUUGUUGAGGAGGAGGGCGAGGAAGAUGAAGAGGAAGAGGAGGAGGAGGACCUUGCCGCUUCGCUCCUCAUGGUGGUGAGGAGCGAGGAUUUCGAGGAGCAUUCAUCAUGACUACAAAAAGCUGGGCUAUCGAGGCAAUUUUCCCCUUCACUCGGUCGCUCAAUCUCUCAUUGCACAUAACACAUCUCAUCUCAAUCGCGGUCAAGACGAACAAGACCCAUAUUUCCGCCCUCGAAGCCGCCAAGAUGUCUUCCAACCAAGCUCAUUCCCCCUCUCAAUACACCACCAUCCCCCGGCCCAGACAUGAACAAUUCUCAAGCGCCUUCACCUACAUUCAACCCAAUGGCUCCGCCAGUCUCAACACCUGGCUGACAUCCCCCCCUUCGGCGGCACCGUUCCACAACAUUGCCGCCUACCGAUCGUCUACCUCCGCUUCCGGGGGCGGCGCAAACGUGCGGGGCUCCGCUCCGGCUCCGAGCAGCAACGGCGCGACGUGGGGUAGCGGGCACGGCCGGCAGAAUUGAGCGCGAACCUUUGGCCGCGUCGAAUGCCGGACGGCAGCAGACUUUUACCGACAACGAGAGACGAUCAUCUUUUUGGGCG